AUGGCUAUGGCAAGCCCUAUUUCUAAUAAGAUGACACAGGAAAAAAAAGAGAAGACUUUUUGUCCCAGUCAGGAUAAAAGGAGUGCAUCGAGGACUCAGCGGAAUAUUUUGCAGAAUGAGUUACCCAGUGAAGAGAAAAUAGUCGUAUUUGCAAGAAAUGAUUCGUGUUCUGUUUUUGGAGAAAACCGGAAAUUCCAUGACAGUGGAGAUCAGACCCAAACCCAGGAGGGGCAUUUGAGACAUCAUUUGGUGGAGCGUGUCUGUGAAAGCAAUGAAGGUAAUCAAUGUGGAGAAACCAUGAGGCAGAUUACAAGUUUUGCUGUGCAUGAGGAUUGCCCUCCUGGAGAAAAAUCCCAUGAAUGCACUAAGUGUAGAGAAGCCUUCGCAGAUGGUUCUUUCCCUGAGAACCCAGGAAGAUCUCAUCCUGGACACAAACCUAGUCCCUGUGAGGAAUGUGGGCCAGCCUGUAGCUGUGUCUUGAGCUUUAGCCCUCAUGUUGGCGCAGACCUUGUAAGGAAACCCUAUGAAUGUCAGGACACUGGGAGAGGAUUGAAGAGAGAAUUGAAGAGUCUCAGUAGUAAAAAGUCUUUAGAGUGCAAGAAGUGUGGAAAAGCCUUCACUCACACCUCAUCCUUUCAGGGUCAUGUGCGAGGUCACUGUGGACAGAGAGUCCAUGCGUGUGACGUGUGUGGGAAAGCCUUUAUGUAUCACUCCUGUCUUACACGUCAUGUGAGAACUCACACUGGAAUGAAACCCAGUGAUUGUACAGACUAUGGGAAAGCCUACAUUUGCCUCUCAUACUCUCAAGAUUACUCAAGUAAUCAAACUGGGAAACGAAUUUUUAGAUGUGGGCAGUGUGGGAAAGCCUUCACUCGUCAGGCCUACCUUCUAGUGCAUGUGAGGACACACACUGGGGAGAGACCCUAUGAAUGCCAGCAAUGUGAGAAGACCUUCACAGAUCGUGGAAAUCUGCGAGAACAUGUGAGAACACACACUGGGGAGAGACCCUAUGAAUGUCAGGAGUGCGGGAAGACCUUCAAGUAUAACUCAGGCCUGCGAGCACACAUGAGGGCACACACUGGGGAGAGACCCUAUAAAUGUCAGCACUGUGGGAAAGCCUUCACUGGUCACUAUUCCCUUCUAGUACAUGUGAGAACACACACGGGGGACAGGCCCUAUGAAUGUGUGGAGUGUGGGAAAACUUUCCAGAAGUGUGAACAUUUUAAACGUCACAUGACCACGCACAGCACAGUGAAACCCUAUGAAUGUAAGGAGUGUGGCAGAGCCUUCCGGGAUCGCACAGACCUGCGAAUACAUAUGAGGACACACACUGGGGAAAGACCCUAUGAGUGUCAGCAAUGUGGGAAGACCUUCAGACAUCUUGGAAAUCUGCGAGGACAUGUGAGAACGCACACUGGGGAGAGACCGUAUGAAUGUCAGCAAUGUGGGAAGACCUUCAGGUAUAACUCAGACCUGCGAGAACACGUGAGGACACACACUGGGGAGAGACCCUAUAAAUGUCAGCAGUGUGGGAAAGCCUUCAUUCGUCGCUACACCCUUCUAGUACAUGACUCGGUGGUCUUUGAGGAUGUGGCUGUGGACUUCACCCUGGAGGAGUGGGCUUUGCUGGAUUCUAUGCAGAAGAACCUCUACAGAGAUGUGAUGCUAGAAACUUUCCAGAACCUGGUCUCAGUGGAUUAUGAAACACUGCUUAAAGCCAGUGGGUUGGUUUCUCAACAGGAUAUGCAUGAGGAAAAAAAAUCUAAUGAACAGAAAAUGGCAAAAUUCACAAGAAAUCGUUCUUGUGCCUACAUUUUAGAAAAAAAUUGCGAAGACCAUAGCAUUGAAGAUCAGCAUGGAAACCAUGCAAGACAUCUGAGAAAUCCUGUGACAGGCAGAUUCUGUGAAGGUAAUGAAAGAAAUCAGCACAGAGAAAUGUGCAGCCAGUUUCCCCAUUUUAAUUUCUGCAAGAAUGUUUCUACUGGAGUAAAACUCUAUGAAUGCACCAAGUGUGGAAAAGGCUUCAUGCAUCUUUCUUCCCUUAAGAGGCACGUCAGAUCUCACUGUGGACAAAAACCAUAUCCGUGUCAAGAAUGCAAGCAGGCUUGCGUUUGUCAUGCACACCUAAGAACUCACGCUGGAGAGAAGCCCUAUGGAUGUAAAUUAUGUGGGAAAACCUUUCCUUAUUUCUACUCCCUCACUCAACAUAUCAGGAUUCACACUCCAGAGAAAAACUAUGAAUGCAAGCAAUGUGGGAAAACCUUCCACGAGUUCUCCAGUCUUACUAGACACAUGAAAACUCACACUGUGGAAAAGCCAUAUAAGUGUAAGGAAUGUGGGAAAGCCUUCAUUUAUCCCUCAAUCUUUCAAAGACACACGGUAACACACACUGGGGAGAAGCCCUAUGAAUGUAAGUUAUGUGGAAAAACCUUUCACCAUUCUUACUCCCUCACUCAACAUAUGAAGAUUCACACGUCAGAGAAAACCUACGAAUGCAAGCAAUGUGGGAAAACCUUCCACGAGUUCUCCAGUUUUACUGGGCAUGUGCGUACUCACACUGGAGAAAAGCCAUACAAGUGUAAGGAAUGUGGGAAAGUCUUUAUUUAUCCCUCAGUCUUUCAAAGGCACAUGAUAACACACACUGGGGAGAAGCCCUAUGAAUGUAAGUUAUGUGGGAAAACGUUUCGACACCCCUACUCCCUUGCUCAACACAAGAGAACUCACACUGGGGAGAAGCCAUGCAAGUGUAAGGAAUGUGGGAAAGCCUUCGUUUAUCCUUCUACCUUUCGAAGACACAUGAUAACACACACUGGAGAGAAGCCCUAUACGUGCAAACAGUGUGGGAAAACCUUCAGUUAUCCCCAGUCUUUCCAAAGACAUGAAAAGGCUCACACUGGAGAAAAGCCGUAUGAAUGUAAGGAAUGUGGGAAAGCCUUCAGUUGGCCUGAAACCUUCCGAGUACAUGUGAGGAUGCACACUGGGGAGAAGCUGUAUAAUUGUGAGCACUGUGGGAAAGCUUUCAGUUCCCCCAAGUCCUUCCAGGGGCAUGUGAGGACCCACACUGGAGAGAAACCUUACGAGUGUAAACAGUGUGGAAGAGCCUUCAGUUGGCCCUCAACCUUUCGAGAACAUGUGAGAAUUCACACUGAAGAGAAACUGUAUAAAUGUGAGAAUUGUGGGAGAGCCUUCACUUCUUCCAGAUCCUUUCAAGGCCACAUGCGCACCCACACUGGAGAGAAGCCUUAUGAAUGUGCACGAUGUGGGAAAGCCUUUAGUUGGUCCUCGUCCUUACAAAAGCAUGUGAGGUUGCACACUGGAGAGAAACCCCAUAAAUGCAAGCAAUGUGGGAAAACCUUCAAGUGGCCUUCAUCCUUUCGAAACCAUGUGAGAAUGCACACUGGGUAG